CAGGUCGAUAACACUUUUCAAAUACUGCUCCUCUUUUAUAUUGCGUCAGAAUUUAUACCUUGCACGGGAAUUUUGCGCCGUAUUCUACAAUGUAUUAUUCCAUGCUUCUUUUAUUACUUUGUAAAAACUAUCGAUUCAUGUGUUACUUGCAAUGUUUUUUUUUUUAAGACAAUGACGUUUCGCCUGUAUGUGUUAUGUACGUGUGCUUUUGGCAUUUAAAGCCGACUUCCACCUCACCACCACUCUGAACAGGUUUAUCAAAACACAAAUUGGAUGGGUGAGCGGUUCAAUAAGUGGAUAGAAAUUUAAAUGUCACUUCUAUAGUUUCCGCACACGUUGACAGCAUUGUCAAUUUUAGCGCUAUAGCACCAUCCAGUGGUUGAACACUGUUAAAGCAUGUUGUGACCGAGAGGGCAUUGUGAGGACCUCUGUUAGCUCAAUAGCCUACAACGCCAUGCAAUACCUCAUGUUGUUCGACGACAGGCCCACAAAUAAACACGAUAUAAAUCCCGUACAGUAGAUUAUCAGAUAAAAAUGCCUGACUCAAAACUCCACUUGAAUGACAAGAGCCGUAUCUCAGCACAGUACCAAAAUAGUCAGACUAACCUCUCAAUGGUACAAACAAUAGUUGACUACAUCCGAAGUAGGAAAGAUGAAAAGCCAAUGAAGUGCCAUUCCUUUCCUAAAAUAAAUCAGAGCAUCAGGUCUGCAGGCAACAGGUGGACGCAAAGACCUCCUGCACCAUAUAUGCAACGUGUCACAUCGUAAAUAUGUGUAUGCUUUCCAGUAUGUUCUUUUGAAGAAUAUAUAUACAGACGUUCUGUACGACAUUCAACAAAAGUGAAGUAUAACUUGUUUAGAUGUGCAUUAACACAUUUCGUGUUACAUAUCAUAUGAAAUACAUCCGUCCCAUUGCCCUAAACAUGCACUUUUUAUUGUCUUUACAACUGUAAAGUUUAGUCAGCAUUGUGUGGUUUGUCUGGUCUUCUUUUCAUGUCCUGGUAUAGUAUGACUCGAUGACUAUUCAUGACUCAAGCUGCUAAACCGUGGAGUGGUUCUGCAACACCGGAGCCUUUGGAGCUUUGAGUGUGGCUCCAAACUCUGUUGCGACCGCAUUGUGAGGAUAGCUCGCAGCUGCCGCCGUCACUCACAAUGUUAACACACAUUGAGGGAACUGGUCAGCGUUAAGCAUGGCUGCCUGACUACUAUGCCGAUACACACUGACGAAACAAGAAGAUAUGGGAAUAUAAACAUUUAGAAUACACAAAACUGGGCCAAGGUGGCUUAUUUCCAAGCCAGGAUGAAGACUAUGAGACUCAUUUCAGUCUUGAAGAUCCUCUUUCUUCUGGUUUUGGUCAGCUUGAGUAAUGGUAUCCAGAGAGCACCUCGUAUACUUACCUUAUUGGAGACGGUGGAUGUACUACUGGAUCACAACGCAACAUUCAUCUGUGAGGUAGAAUCGCGACCUUCAGCUGACAUCACAUGGACCAAGAACAACCAGCCAAUAAUGUACUAUGACUCCAGGUAUCUUACUCGCGAACAGGGACAAAUGCUUCUUAUCCCUCAUGCAAGAGAGAAUGACAACGGAGAGUACUGCUGCCUCGCCACUAACGGAAUUGGAGAGCCAGCCAAGAGCUGCGGAGCGCUCCAGUUAAAAAUGAAGCCACAAAUCAAGCGCCAUCCAACAAAUGUGACCCUUUUGGUUGAGUCCAAAGCAGUUUUGCCAUGCGUUGCCCUUGGUAACCCAAAACCAGACAUGUACUGGCUUAAAGAUGAUGAGCUCAUUCAGGUCAGUGAGCGCGUCAAUAUUCUUGACUACGGUGCACUGAAGUUCAACUAUAUUCAGAAGGAAGACGCGGGGCAGUAUCGAUGUGUGGCAAGAAACAGCUUCGGUUCGGCGUUUUCCAAGCUUGCCACCAUUGAAGUGCAAGCUCCAGCACGAAUCCUGAAAGUUCCCAAGGAGAAGAGAGUAGCAUAUGGCAGCCAAAUAUCUCUGGAGUGUAAUGCCACAGGAAAUCCGAUCCCCACCAUCACCUGGUUAGAAAACGGGAAUACGAUCUCCGGCGCAUCAGUCGAUGAGACUUUGGCGGGAGAAGUCAUUUUGUCGGUUCUGCGGGUGACGGUGACUAAGCCAGCUCUUUACACGUGCUUGGCCUCAAACAGACACAGCGCUGGGGCCAACACUGUCAAAGCAACCGCUCGAGUGACUGUCGCAGAAUGGAGACUCUACAAGGGUGUUGCGGGCUUCUGCAGUGCAUAUCGGGGGGAAGUGUGCCGCACGAUUUUAAGGGAAGAUUCACUUGUUUUCUUCAACGCCUCUUUGUCUGACCCGGAGGACGUGCAAGAGUACCUGAUUCAGAGCUGGUGGACCGAGUUUGAAGGUCUCAGUAAACUCUGUGGCCCUGCAGUGCGCUCACUUCUCUGUCAUACCUCUUUCCCAGACUGUAAUCCAUCAGGGUUGGGACCUGCACCUAAACCUGUCUGCAGGGAGCAUUGCCUUGCAGUGAAGGAGCUGUACUGCCAUAAGGAAUGGUCGAUACUAGAAGGCAGCAUGUCUGUCCAGCCUGGACUCUUCGGUUCAGCCACAGACUUCCACACACCCCGUUUGUUGUUGCCCAAAUGUCAAACUUUACCCAGUCUCCAUUCAGACCCUCAGGCUUGUACUCGUGUUCCUUUCGUGGACAUCAAGACGGAUCAAAUGACUACAACAUGUUACAGUGACAGAGGGCGUUUUUAUCAGGGUAGCGUGAACGUGACAAGGUCCGGCAUACCCUGUCAGCUGUGGGAUCAACAGGUUCCUCAUCAGCACCGCUUGUCUGUGGAUGCCGUUCCAGAGUUAAAAAAUUCGGAUAACAACUGUAGAAACCCAGCAGGAAUCAGCGACAAGCCGUGGUGCUACACCUCAAAUCCGAACAUACGUUGGGAGUAUUGUGCUGUACCACAGUGUGGAGAAGCGGGAGCGGGAUCAGGCUCCGUGUCAGUGGCUAAGCAAGAGCCAGCAGGUCCUCGUCACCUCCCUCCCACGACAGCAUCAUCUCCAGCAUACUCCAUGUCUGUCAUUGUGAUCAUUCUGACUGUACUCGCCGCCGCGGUCUUCCUCACCGUCGUGAUCGUCGCAUGUCGCCGACGGAGGAAACAAUGGAGACAACACAAGCGGGCAAUGGAGAGCCCAACAAUGACUGCUCUUCCUUCAGAACUCCUACUGGACCGACUGCACCCGAACCCCAUGUACCAACGUGUUCCUUUGCUCCUCAAUUCCAAACUUCUGGCCCUUGAAUACCCCAGGAAUAAUAUCCAAUAUGUUCGAGAUAUUGGAGAGGGAGCCUUUGGCCGAGUUUUUCAAGCAAGAGCCCCAGGCUUGCUACCGAUGGAACCUUUCACAAUGGUGGCUGUAAAGAUGCUCAAGGAAGAAGCCUCAGCAGACAUGCAGAAUGAUUUCCAGAGAGAGGCAGCACUCAUGGCUGAAUUUGACCAUUCCAACAUCGUGCGACUUCUCGGUGUAUGCGCAGUGGGUAAACCCAUGUGCCUGAUGUUUGAGUACAUGGCCCAAGGUGACCUCAACGAAUUCCUGCGUCGUCGGUCUCCGACACGAUCUGUGCGAACGGUCAGCCGCGCGAGCCUAUCCGGUCGCAGUUUUUCUUCAGAGACGGAAGCCGGGCCCCUCUCUUGCCCCGAGCAGUUGUCAAUGUCCAAACAGAUCGCCGCGGGGAUGGCCUACCUAUCGGAACGCAAGUUUGUCCAUCGAGACCUUGCGACAAGAAAUUGCCUAGUCGGCGAGGAAAUGGUGGUGAAGAUUGCGGAUUUCGGCCUCUCCAGGAACAUCUACUCAGCUGAUUACUACAAAGCCAAUGAAAAUGACGCCAUACCCAUUCGCUGGAUGCCCCCGGAGUCUAUUUUCUACAACCGUUACACCACUGAAUCGGAUGUUUGGGCUUAUGGCGUGGUGUUAUGGGAGAUCUUCUCCCACGGCAUGCAGCCUUACUAUGGCAUGGGCCACGAGGAAGUUAUUUACUAUGUCAGGGAUGGUCACAUCCUUUCCUGCCCUGAGAACUGUCCUCUGGAGCUAUAUAAUCUAAUGAGGCUUUGUUGGAGCACGCACCCGUCGGAUCGGCCCAGCUUCAACAGCAUACAUCGAAUUCUGGAGCGGAUGCAUCAAAAUAUGCAGAGCACAAAUGAUGAUACCGAGGUGGACUGUUAAUUUUCUUAUACCGCCGAUAAGACACGACAUAAGACCUGAGACUGGCAUAGAGCAGAAUAUUGCUAUUUUGAGAAACCCCCAAGAUGAUGUUUACACGGUAAAAGGAAAACUUGCAUAUAUAAUGCAAAACCAAAUUUAUUCCCCACAUCACAAGAUGAUUAUAAGUUACCAUUGGCCUCUAUAAUAAGAAGUGGUGCUCAAAAUGGCGGCAGUUAGGCUUCCAGACAUUUACAGUAUGUGGAUGGCGAACUACCGCUUGAGUAACGUUGGCCAGAGUGUCCAAUGGGAUUGCGGCACAUACAUGUUUUUCCCCCCAAAUCAGAAACGCAUAAUUGUUGGUUAUGAUUGAAAGUGUUUCUGCUGUCAUAUUGAGUGCCUUUUUUCAAUUUUCAUUUGGGAUUUUAGUUCCUACAUUUUGAAAAGAUUACGUUUUUACUCUUUUAUGUAGCAAUGCUUUGUGUGCGUGUGUGUGUGUGUGUGUGUGUGUGUGUGUGUGUGUGUGUGUGUGUGUGUGUGUGUGUGUGAGAGUUCAAAAAAAUACUAACAUAAAUAGCACUAGGCAUUAAAUAUUUGUAUUGUCAGCAAAUGUAAAAUAAUUUCAAUACAUCUUUAUGUAUACAAUAUUACAAAACAGACCACUUCCUGUUGUGUUUUUCCAUACUUCAAAUCGAUACUUGUUAUAUAGCACGCAUGUGCAUUUAUAUUUGAAACAUGUUACGUUCAUACUUGAAUGUGCAUAAAACUACCUGUUAAUGUAUUUUUUCUAAUGUUCGCGUUUACUUGGGACAAACGUGCCUUCAGCAGCCGCCGCCGUAUUCUCAGCACUCGGCUGCACCUCAUAGAUAGUAAACAGAAACCAGAGGCUCCCUGACUGCUGCUGCGUCUGGUGUGGCUUUUGUGGUCGGUGUGGUCGAAGCAGAAAAAAAAGCAUCUAAAUCCACAGACACGGCCGCAGAAAAUGACACGUGUGCAAAAAUGUGAUUUCAAAGCUAGAUUCAGCAUGAUUUUGGGAUUCAAAGCGUGUGCUGAGACAAGCGCAUAAUACUACGGAAACAAAUCACAGAAGGGCUUCAUUUUCAUCGGGGUUGCGCUGCUAUUAUUGAAGAAAGUAGCUUGCGACUCAAGAAGUACGUAAAACGUGGAACACUGUAAAUCGUGUACAAUAUGUGAGAAACUUGACCUUGUGAAUUUGGUUUUUCACUACAAGAUGGUUCACAUGAGUCAAAAGCAUACAACAAGAAUGCUGCUUUUCUGUAUGUGAAUGUGUUUUUUUUUUUGGGGGGGGGUAUGGAUAAAAUAUUGCUGUUGUACUGUAUGCGAAUGAUUUUAGGGGCUUAAAAAGAACACAUUUUUUUUGUCAUUUUUCAUCGCAGGCAUGAGUCCCGCUUGGUGGUGUGUUUUGAAUUUCAGUGAGGGGGUUGGGAAUUAGGAUGUUGAGAGUAAACUGUUUAUAGAGUUGGCAGCGUGCAGUUUGGCCUCUUCUCGCUGAUCUAAAUUGUUGUCCUCACUCUUUUCCCCUCCCACUCUCUUUUCCGUCUGCACUUUGACUCCGGUAUCUCCGAAUUUGGACGGUGACCAUCCAUCCUUUUUCUCCUUGUCUUUAUUUUACGCCAUUUGUUGCCAUUUGUUGGGAUAGGAAUUCAGACGUGAAAGCUGAUGCUCCUUUUUUUUUAUUGUACAGUCUUAGGGUGUUCUUCAAGGCCACGUCAUAUCCAUCAUGCAACAGGGAAGAGAAACGGAAUGUCUUCGGCAAGGUGUUCCAUUUUGAUCUUCUGAUCUGCGACGCAGGCCUGGCGUGAUGCCGAAAUCCGUUUUUUUGUCCACCUCAAUGGAAGUGCCGCAGCCAAUCGUGGAGUUUGACUCAGAAAUGACAUCUCAUAACAUAUCCAUUAGCAAAAUGGCCAUAUGUCACAACCUCACUCUUGGUCAAUUAGCUGAUUAUGCUCCUGAAAACAAAGGCUCUAUCUAAAUGGACUCACUCACCUUCCUAUCAUCGCUCCGGCUGUCACUGCUAAACAAUUAGAGGAAUUGUUCAUAAAAAUCAUUUCCUGUUUUGUCCUUAUCAUCUCCUGCCUGACAAUAGGCCUCCGUCUUCACCUCCAUAGAAAUGGGACAAUGUUGCAAAGGAAGUCAAAUAGGCUUUUUUUUUUAUGUUGAAACAUCAGGACUGUUGUGCAAAAGUUCAGCAAUUCCGAGCGCAUGUGGACAGCUUCACUUCUCAUAUCUUGUUUUUCACAUUUCUAAUAGAUUUAGUUGGCAACUGGACUUGCUGAGUCGGCCAAUGCAAACAUUUAACUAAACAAAAAAAAAACAUCUCCCCAUGCAACCGGGCACUUGAGCAAGCAUGCUGGGAACCGCGGAAAGUAUCUGUAUUGACAUUGUGAGGAAGAUAUGACAUCCCAUUCACUCAGUGACUGCCCACAGGAACACGUUUGGGUGGUUGCGCUGUCUGCGAUUGGCUCAUUUGGGUAGCCACAGGAAGUACCAAGGCAUAUAUCAGUCAACCGGAGGCUAACACUCCAAUUCUGUGGAACAAUAAACAUGGUAGAGUUUGCUUAGCACACACAUCUGCACAGUGUUAUUCACACUUAGCGGCCGCUCUGCGGAUUGCCACGUUAGGUGUAUGAAUGUAAAUUUAGGACUCGUACAUUCUUUUGAUCCUAUUCUCCCCUUUUGUCCAUUUUAGCUUUUAAUCUUGUUUUUAAUCUUCUUCUUUUUUUCUUAUUUUUUUAUUUUUUUAUACGUCCUAGGAUCUGUAACACAGCGGCAUUCGGAGCAUUGCUGGGUAAGGCCUUGGGUUUAAAGAACAACAGAUCACAUUCAUUCAGUUGAAUGACACUCCACCACUAAGGUUGAACGACUUGACCAUGAACACCAAAUUGGACACUUGGACGCUUUACUUGGCCCGCUCUCGAUAGUGCAAGAACAAAAAAAAAAACCCGUUGCAAUUUCGCAUUCGCCAUCUGGUAAACUACUUCCUUGAGAUUUUUUCCGAUGCUCGUGUUGUUAUUAGAGAGACGUUCAACCAAAUUUCAUGCUGAUUGCUGAUACAGAACUUAGGUGCCUUUGCUGUGACUUAACCCGAUGUCGGUGAGACACUUUUACAACUCACACUUUUUAAUCUUGAGAUGUUCUGGUUUUUCUGUUCACACACAAGCAUGCACACAAAAUUACACAAGAAUGUGGCAUCCACUUUAAAAUUGGUUGCAUGAUUGCUCGAUUAGAUAUAUUCGACUUAUGUGAUCGGUGACACCGAAAAUGUCAUUGUAUCAAGAUGUUGACAAAUUUUUAUGUUUGCAACACGGCGUUGGUAUUUUGUGACCUUAUUCAUACAUCAGUGAUUGAUUGCUUUAGAUCUCACGUUCAGUGUGUGCUUUGGCUCAGAGAAUUGGAAUUUGUGGAAAAAGUGACACUUUGAAAAGACUACGAAGCAUUACCUCGAUGUCUGGCUGGAGCCUGGCAACAUUUGGUUAAGUGUGAUCAUCUGCACGAAUUGCAGGAAGAAGAAAGAUUCCCUUUGGUACAAUACAGCUCGUACGCUAUGUCCGCUUGUGCUGAUUUGAAUGCUUUGAUCCAUUUGACUUGAUAUUCCCUGGACUGUAUUUCUUGUUCGGGUCCAUUUGCAUGUGGGGAGGGAAUAGAUAUGGACUUGAAAUCUGACACAGCUCGGCAGCUCUUAGGCCUUUUUUUUUUUUUUUUUUUUUUGGACAACAGAUGAGAAACAUCUGUAAUUCCUCUGUGCAAUUUGCAUGGUCCCGUGCUUGCGUGGGUUUUCUCCAGGUACUCCGGCUUGCUCCCGCAUUCCAACAACAUGCAUACUAGCUUCAUUGAAGACUAUAAAUUGUCUGAAGAUGUAUGCAUGUAAGUGUGAAUGGCCAUUUGUGUUUAGUCUAGGGGCCCCGUGAUUUGCUGGCAACCAGUCGAUGGUCUCCGCCACCUCUCUCGCAAAAUCAGCUGCGACAGGCUCCAGGUCACCCACAACCCGAGGAGGAUAAGCAGUACGGAAAAUGGAUGGAUGGAUGUACUCGUGUAGUUAGUGAAGACAACCAAAACAACACAACCCAACAAUUUCUUUUCUUAUUUAUUUUUUCCUUCAAUAACCCCUCUUGACAUUAACUUACUUCAGAAACUACAGCAAAGAAGAGUAUGUCUAGAAAGUGUUUUAUUUUUCAUGUUAUGAUGCAGACUAUUAUUUGUCUUGACUCUUGAGAAAUGUCUGUAAUUGAUGUUGGAACAUACAGUUUGAUUAUUUGGGGCAAGAGGAAAGUACUGUUACCCUUUUACAAAUGCCAAGUGUGCAGUUCGGUGAACAGUAACCAAGAUGUGAACAUAUUCGAUCAUAAAGGUGCUUCUCAAAGGCA